GUAUGGACAAGAAAAGGAUUGAACAAUACCGCCCUCUCUCUCUGUCGAGUUUCAAGAGCGACGGAGAAGAUGGAAGCCUCCAAGGAGAUUGACAUCGAGCUCUUCCCCUUCCUUCGCGUGUACAAGGACGGCCGCGUGGAGAAGAUCCACGUUCCCAAGAUCGUCCCUCCCUCCCCACACCCGGACUCCGGCGGUGUAGCCUCCAAGGACGUUGUCAUUUCGCCGGAAACCGGCGUGUGCGUACGCCUUUUCCGCCCCCAUCCACCGCCUCCCCCUGGUAAGAAGCUCCCCAUCCUCUUCUACAUCCACGGCGGCGGCUUCUGCAUCGAGUCCGCCCGCUCCGACAUCUACACCUCCUUUCUCAAUGCCAUCACCGCGCAGGCUGGCGUUAUCGGCGUCUCGGUCGACUACCGCCUCGCGCCGGAGCACCCCGUACCCACUCCCCACCUCGAUUCUUGGGCUGCCCUCCAGUGGGUGGCUCGCCAGGCUUCCGGCGGGCCGCACUGCGAGCCCUGGCUCGCAGACCACGGCGACUUCGACCAGAUCUUCCUCGGCGGCGAUAGCGCCGGCGGGAACAUCGCCCACCACCUUGCGAUGGCCGCCAGCGGCUGCCCAGUCAUCGGCCCGCUUCCCGCCGACAACCUCCCCAUGAGCAUCACCGGCCUUAUCCUGUUCCACCCUUACUUCGCCGGCUGGACGCCAGUCGACGACGAGUUCGUGACGAAGCAGAGGGAGGAAUCGGCGGCGCUGUGGCGCGUCACCUGCCCGGGGGCGGCCGCGGGGACAGACGACCCGCUCGUUCACCUCUUGGCCGACAGCGCGCCGGAACUUUCGCAGCUCCGCUGCCGGCGCGUCCUGAUAUUCGCCGCCGGCGUGGACUACUUGGGCGACAGGGCGCGGCUGUACAACGAGCUGCUCGGAAGGGGCGGGUGGGAGGGUGUGGUGGAGUUCGAGCAGCACGACGAUGAGGACCACGUCUUCCAUCUGAUGAAGCCCACCUGCGACAACGCCAAAUCCCUCAUGAACCGCGUCGUCGCCUUCAUAAACCGCGACUGAAAGGGACGGAGACGAAAGGAACAGAGAUCAUCUUCCUCGAUGGUCUCUCGCCCCAAUUAUUCUCUGAACUCUGCAUUUCAGAAUUGUUGCUUUGUAAUGCAUGUGUUGGUUCUUAUCAUGAGUGUCAGAAUUGAAUAAUUUUGUGUUUCGUCUUUGAA